AUGAGAAAAAGAACCGCUGAUUUAAUUGAACAGAAUACUCCUCCUUCAAGUCCUGUACCAAGUACUACUUCGUCAUUUUCACGAGUAAAUGCUGGCAAAGCUACAGCAGAUAGAAAUAAAAGGGCAAUGAAAAGAGAGAACUUAAAUUUAAAGGCUAAGGUUUUACAGAUGAAUCAAAAGUUAAAAAAAUACAGAAUGCGUAUAAAAAGACUGAAAGCGAAACAAAGAAAACAAGUGGCAAAUGGAACAAAUUCGGUAAGAAGUGAAACUAGAGCUCAAAAACAAGAUAUCAAACAAGCUGUGCAUGAAUUUAUAUUGCAAGAUGAAUAUAGUCGCCUGACUUCGGGUAAAAACGAAACGAUAACCCGCAAGAAAAUAAAAAAACAAAUACGUUUACUAAACGACACACUACUUAACUUGCACACAGUGUUCAAAAAUAAAACUGGGCUUCAUAUUUCUUACCAAACUUUUAGAAGAUAUCGCCCUUUUUGGGUGCUUUUUCCGAAAGCAUCAUCAAGAAAUACUUGUUUAUGUAUUCUGCAUGAAAAUAGUGAUCACAUAGUUCGAGCAUUACAGAAAGCAAAAGUAAUAUCUUUUGGAUCUGCCUCUGAUUUAGCAAAAUCAAUUUGUUGUCAGAACUCAUUGAAUUUAAAAUGUUUAGAACGAACAUGUACGACCUGUCAAAAUGAAGAAAUUAAAUUAAAUACCUUAAUUAAAGAUGGCUACAUUACUUAUGAGAGAUGGGUUACUAAAAAUAAUAAAAUAAUUGUCAAGGGAAUGGAAAAGGUAUGCAAAAGGUCCGUUAAAGAAAACGUGAAAACUACUGUUACAUCUCUUGUACACUUGUUACAUAUAAACUUACCGGUAUACAUGAAACAUGUGGGUAAUUUUGUUCAUCAAGUCAGGUCAAUCCAUGCUCUUAAAGAAAAACUGUCUCCUUCAGAAGGUUUGUUGCAUAUAGAUUUUUCCGAAAACUAUAACUGCAAGUACAGUGCUGAAAUUCAAUCUGCCCACUUUGGCGGCUCUAAGAUUCAGUUAUCACUUCAUACGUGCGUAUACUAUAGUAACAAUUCUCAGCCACCUGAUAGACAUUUGAAGACGACAUCAUUAUGUACAGUAUCGGAAAAUUUGAGACAUGACCCUAUAUUAAUAUGUGCGCACCUAAAACCUGUUAUGCAGAGAAUAAAGCAGAUUAGCCCGGAUAUUAUAAAAUUGCAUGUACUUAGUGAUGGCCCUUCAACACAGUAUCGAAACAAGUCGAUGUUUUAUUUGAUUGCAAAUUAUGUAAGUAAAGAAUUAGACGUAGAGGCUGUGAUUUGGCAUUUUAGUGAAAAAGGUCAAGGGAAAGGUGCUCCCGAUGGAGUGGGUGGAUGCGUGAAAAGAUUGUGUGAUAACUCUGUUGCAAUAGGUAAGGAUGUUUCUAAUUACGAUGGUCUUAUGACGUGCUUGCAGGCAAAUUGCAAAGGAAUAGAAAUUUUUGGAAUAGAUGAUUCUGAUGUGCCCAAAAUCCAGAAAAUCUUAGAAAAGAGCACAACGAAGCCUUUUAAAGGCACAUUCAAAAUACACCAGCUUACAUGGAGUCGAAGGGACCCAUUUAUAAUACACGCAAGACGGCUGAGCUGCUUAGAUUGCCCGGAAGAUAAAAAUUGCUCACAUUUUGAAAUUGGACAAAUACACAUUCAAUAUGACACAUCCAAUAUAUAUACACCUGAGUUACCGAGAUCACCGGCGGCUGCGUCUGCUAGAAGUAGUGCAUCUCCAAUCAAUAUAGCCACUCCCGAUGGUUCAACUGAUACAAUCUCAACCAAUCGAUCGUUCUCGCCAGAAAGUCCACCAGCUACACCUGAUAAUUUUAUGUUACAAAAUCCUCCUGUUUGCCCAAAAAAGAAAAAUAGGAGCGUCUCCGACAAUUCUGACAGCUCUGAUUAUAUUUUUGACCCUCCGCUAGCUAAGAAACCACGACGUUUCAUUUUACCCGAGACAGACAGCGAAAUUGAAUCUACCUUCUAA